AUGCCUCUACCUCAUAGUGUCGGUUUGGCGCAGUGGUCUCAACCUAGUAGUCAGUGGCGAAUCGAACCAAAAGUGAUGUGUUCGAAGAAAGGAAAUUAUCGUCUUUCGAAAAAGUGCUUUCAGCUGAACCAACGAUUGGAUUAUAUUGAUCCAAAAUCUAUUGUUCAUGAUAUUAUAAAAAAAAUGUUUCCUACGCUUCUUGCUGCUUUUUUUCGCUAUCAAUCUACUGUUGGCAUUUAA